UCUUCAAGCAGCUGGAGAAACAGAACUGCGGAAACAUGUGUGAGGAGACGGAUAAUAGCGGCGAGAAGAAGAAAAGCUUUUUCAGAAAGCCUGAUGGAGUGUUGUUGUGUGCAACAUCAGUGGUGCUAAUAUAUGCGGUCUGGUGUGCUGUGGCACUCACCUUGGCAGUGUUGGGACAACUUUGGAGCAACCAGAGCCUCAAGUGUGGACUUGAUGCUGAGUUUGAGGUCAGAUUGGAAAACGAGACCAGGCUGGUGUAUGUGUGGUCUGGAUUGAAUCUGGUGAUCUGCACCGUUCUUGUGUUGGAAAUUUGGAGAAAGCAUAGCUGCUUCACACUACUGAUUGUGACUGUGAUCGCUAUCGUUGUGAUGAUGAUUUGGACUUUUGUCGAACUCCACAACGAAGAGAGACGGGAGAUACAAAAUUUUCAGAAGCCCUACUUGGCACUGCUGCCUUUUACAAAAACCAAUGAACUACUGACAAACGUACAAAUAUCAGAUGAUGACAUACUCAACAAGGUGAACUGCUGGCAGAUUGAGUUUAAGUGUUGUGGACUUAAAGGCUUCCAAGACUGGAAUAUAUCCUUUCCAAGCUCCUGCUUUUAUAAUGAAGAGCAUACCAACUCCUGGGUUGAGAGUUCUUGGGUUCCAAGAAGAAAUAUUCACGAGAAGGCUUGUUUGCCUACAGUCAUAUCUCUCGUGGAAAAACGUGGCUCUACGUUUUGGAUCAUCAUGACAGUUUGGCUAACCGUCCACACUGCUCCUUUUGCCAUCGGUUUCUUGGCCAUGGUGGUUGGGUGUUCUGCUACGUGUUUGCUAAUCUGUGAUCCAAGCCAUAUGCUGAAUGUCCUGCAAUGGACAAUCUGUGGAAGAGAGAAAAUGGUUCCAGUGGUGUUCAUCAGAAAGAACAACAACCGAACAGAGGAGGAAAACAUGGAAGCAAAAGAAGACAUCAGGAAGGACUGUGUUGUCUUGGAUACGGAGGAUUUGGAUGACAACCCGUUGAGAAUGAUUCCCGUGUCUCUGCUGAGGAGGCUGCAGGAAGAGCUGGACCCGCCUCCGGUCCAACACUGGGUGCAGAAUUCACAUAAGUGUCUUGUGUCCUCAUCUAAUGCGAUCAGGGAAUUCUACACAGUGCUGGUAGAAGAGGGUUCGCCGCUGCUACCCUGCGACGCUGUGCUGGUUGAUGCUGACAAACCCACCAGAGUGUGUGGGUGGUCAGAGGGACACAAGGAAUUUAACGUUGAAGAUAUUGUCUGGCCACAAGACAGACUGAACAGAAAUCCACAGUGCUAGUUUUACACCUGCAGUGUACACCAGUGUGUGCAUAUUCUCACAUUGCAUUUAACACUGUGAAAUGUAAAAUCCAAAGAAUUGUUGAUUAGAAAAUGACUUAUUGCUAUUAAUUCUGUUAGUGCCUUUUCCACUUGAUUAGCCUAGUAACAACCUGAUUAUCUGAAAGCCACAUUUCCACUUUUCUUUUAUCUGUUACAGUUGAUGUUAUUGAUCUUUUUUUUUACAUCAUCAGGUCUGCUGAGACUCACUGCACAGACUUGUUUGUGUUGGACCAUAAAUGUGAUAAAAAGCUUGUAGCUUCCUGCCUUAAAGGGGGCAUUUGGUUAAUGCUCCGCAAACAGCCAUAUAUCUAACAUACGACCUUGUGAUGGGAAACGCUGGUGUGUUUAUAAGUCGUUGUCCAGCAACCACCUCUGAUUUCCCCUAAUUCCACGUCAGCUAAUUUAAUAUCUGCAGAACAGGACACUCCAGCUGGCUGCAGUUAAUGUAUACAGCAGUAAAUCAUCUGGAGACCGUGGGGGUGAGAUGCAGGAACAAUAUGAACUUCAUCCCUGUGUACCAAAGGAUUUUUCAUGUCACAAGAUAUAUUUUCUUUAUGUCAAAUUUCAGAUCCUGUUUUCAAAAUGUUCGAUAUUUUGCUAUUUGUCUGAUGACAAUCCUAAAACAAUAUGAAAAUAUGCUUAUGGUGAUAAACCAACGUAGUAUCAUCACCCAAAUCUGCAGCCCGCCUCGACCGUCCAGAAUAAAGUCUCUUUUUAUAACAGGGACCUGGCUAUGAAGGUACAACUUGAAAAAGUUACAAAAGAUUACAAAAUUGAACCUGACAACAACUUUCAUGGAACAAAAGUAAAAUUAAAUCAACCAAGAACCUAAAAAUACACAAAACAAAAUUAAACACAGGAAUAGCAAUUGCACUCUUAUGUUGCACAUCUUUAGAGCUUUGAACUUUCCCACUGAAGCAAAAUCAUAAACUGUAGUUUGCUUUCAAAGUUAUUCCAGGAUCGGGGUUCAAAACAGGAGAAGGCUGUUCAGGAAAGUUCAGAGGAAAAUCCUGGGCAGUCAUUUAGAUGAUAAUAGCUGCUGGUAAGUGAUAGCAGACUACAAGCACAAGUGUAAACUUUGUAAAUACAACAUGCCAGUGCUGCUGUUUUUUAGGUUUAAUGAAGGCCAAGAGACUGGAUCAUAAAGUACACAGUGACGUGCACUGGACAAAGACUUCGAUGAAAAAUUUCAAGUCCAGGCCGCAAAGUGGCCGAGGCAGCAUAAAAAUAAUAAUCCUCACAGUCUAAAACACUUGUGUAGAAACAAACAUUUUCCUAACUGCUAUACAAAGACAGGCCCCAUUUUGAGAUAAAAAUCCAGCCUGACCUUCUGUUUUGUCAAAAGGUGCUUGAAAUGUACUAUAAAAUUAUAAAUAACUUACAAAGAUUUGUUUUUAAGUCCGAAUAAUUUUUGGAAUUAAAAUCCUGCAUCUGAAUCAAAUGAAACUAACAGACGAACAGCCUCCUCCAUAAAGAUUGAGUAAAGGUAAUGUAGUCGGGGUUAACUUGAUACAGCUCGAACGCAGAUCAAAUGGAUCCAUCGUGGCAAACAGCAGCGGUACAAAGAGCAUCGACACAAACAAAAACAGAGUUAAACAGCAAGAAGCAACUCUGUGAAAAUGUGUUUUGAUAUUAUUAACUCCACGGUGUGAACUACAGGAGAAUGGAGGAAACUUUGGUUGCUAAUAAUAAGACAUCAGCUCCCGUAAAAACACGAUUUAGAAAGCAGUGCGGCUAAUAUUCACGUAUGAUUCAUGCAUGUGGUCGAUUCAUCCCUAAUUCACUUGAAUAAAGAUACUGACAUGCUUGUUGUUCUAAGCAUCACUGUCAAAGUUCUGGCUGCAAAAUAUGAUAAAAUGUUAGUUUAUCUGAACAUUUUCUAGAUGCACAGCAGGCAGCAAGUGCUACGUCACAUCUUUUUAAUAGAAAUAAUUGGUAAAUAAAUGUAUUACUGUAUAAAUAUUGUAUUUGUUGUUUCUGAUAACUGAGCUUGAACUAUGUUGAAUUUGCUUUAUGGAACCAAAAACCUAAAAGUAAGUCAGGCUAACUGAAAUAAGCCUGAAUUAUUUGGUUAACAAGCCUGAAUUUUUAUCAGGCACUGAAUGCAAUUUGACGUUGGUUAAAUAUCUUCUUUUUUUCAUUUUUGUUUAAGUCUA